AUGCUGCAAACACUGCGAACCACAAUCCCCUGGCUGCUGGGUAUACCCAUUGUCGCCGGACAGCAGCUGCAAGGUGACCAGGCGCCCUAUGACCUACUCGGCCUCAGCGACUCUUGUUUCUCGGUGAUCAAUACUACAGUGUCGUCCUGCCCGGACUGGUUGAGACAACAUGCCGGAUAUACUGAGCCCAGUGUGGAAGUUGUGCCUCAGGAGGGUUUACAAGCUCUCUGCGAGACCUCGUGUCUCAGCGACUUGACCCAAUUCCGCACUGAGAUUCUGGGGGCCUGCAAUGCAGACACCGAUGUCCUGGUGCCGGAUGGGGGUAUCGCGUAUCCCGCCACCUUUAUUGUCGAUCGUUGGUUAUACGCCAUCGGACUUUCCUGCCUCAAAGACCCCUCCUCUGGCGAUUAUUGCGACAUCAGCGUGGCGAACUGGACAUCAAGCGACGCCAAUUACACUGCGGACCAAGAGUGCUCGUACUGCGGGCUAGCGGUGCAGCAGAAGCAACUCGCGUCCCCAUUCGGAUACACAGAACAGGACGCCGCGGAUUUCGCGUCCCUCACGUUGAGCUGUAGCCAGACCACUUACGCCUAUGCAACUCCAACUGCAUAUGCACUCAAUACCACGACGACAACUCCAUACACCCCAACAUGCACUGCAUCCCAUACCGUCGCGGACGGCGAGUCCUGUGUCUCGAUCUCGGGAGAUUAUAACGUGUCUACCUAUGGGUUGAUCAACGAGAACGCGCUGACCGUUUCCUGCAAUGAGCUCAAAGAGGGCCGCGUCUUAUGUCUCCCUGAGGACUGCACGAUCUGGCAGCUUGACCUGCUUGAUACGUGUGACUCCAUACAGGCAGAUCUGAACAUCACAAUGGCCCAGCUUCUCGCGUGGAACCCGAUGAUCAACAGUGGCUGCUCGAACCUUGCUUCAUGGAGGGGGUGGCAUCUUUGCGCUAGCCCGCCCGGUGGCUCCGUCGCGGUUGGCGAGGGAAACAGCACCUCAACGACGGCCGCUCCGGUCCCUACAGACGCCCAGGCGCAGUCGAACACCGAGUGCGCCACCUGGUACGAGGUCCAAGAAGGCGAUACCUGCUCAAUACUCUCCCUCAAAUUUAGUAUCAGCCUCGCAGACUUGAUAUUCCUGAACCCGCAAAUCGACACCAACUGCACCAAUCUCUGGCUCGACACUUCAUACUGCGUCAAAGCUGUCGGGGACAUCAACACGUACUCUGACUAUCCGUCGUCAACGCCCGCCUAUGUCUUCCCCAAACCCACCACAACUGCCACGUUUACCCCAGUCCCUGUUACCUUGCCAACCCUGAAUCCUCACGCACCGGGAACGCUAGAGGAUUGCGACUUCUACGAUAACCCGUUCGAUGCAGGCCCAAACGCGGGUAUUGAUAUGGCUGCGUGUGAGACAUGGGCGGAUGAGGCUGGCGUUGACCUUGCGACGUUCGUGCAGUGGAACCCUAGCCUGUCGAUCGGGAACUGUACGAUGGACCUGAGCUAUAGCUACUGCAUCAGUCAUGAGCCGGAGCCAGCGGAGACGUUCCCGUACAGCUACUGCUUCUCGGCGAACACGACCUUGAUCCCAGAGAGCUCUGCCCAGCCCUCCGAAUGCAGUUGCUAUAUCCAGUUCCGUGCGGAGGACGAAAGUCUGUUCUCAUGCGACAUGUUCUCCUCAAGGUUCAACACCACCACAUCUGCGGUCUCAGCUCUCAACCCCUGGAUCAAGGCCGGCUCCGACUGCGAGAGCUCAGUGUUCAGUGAAAUCACCGACGGUUACGUUCAGCUCUGUGUGCACAGCUCAAGCCCGACACCCCCCGCUGAGACGCAGCCCGGUGCCGUCUCUGGUUGUAUGAAGUGGCAUGUCGUGGCCAGUGGAGAUGGGUGCGCGGCGAUUGCGGAUGAGUACGGGAUUACGCUGGCAGAUUUCGUUGCAUGGAAUCCUGGUGUUGGGGGGGAUUGUGCGUCCCUAUGGCUGGGCUACGCUGUCUGCGUGGGCGUGUAA